AUGGAAAUGAACAUGGAUAUGGAUAUGGAUAUGGAACUCGCAUCCAUAGUUUCUUCUUUAAGCGCCCUGUCCCAUAGUAACAACAACGGCGGUCAGGCCGCCGCGGCCGGCAUUGUGAACGGCGGUGCUGCUGGAUCACAGCAAAUUGGCGGCUUCAGAAGGUCGAGUUUCACCACGGCAAAUGAAGUAGAUUCAGAGAUCUUGCUGCUUCACGGUUCCAGUGAAUCUUCACCGAUCUUCAAGAAAACCGCCCUAUCAGUUGGUACUGCUCCGCCAUUCUCCACGAACUCGAAAAAGUUUUUUGGUAACGGCGGCAAUUAUUACCAGUACAGAUCAACCGACACUGCCUCCCUGUCAUCCGCAUCGUACAAUAACUAUCAUACUCAUCAUACUGCGGCUAAUCUCGGGAAAAACAACAAGGUCAACCAUCUUCUGGGCCAGUAUUCAGCUUCCAUUGCUGGUCCCGUUUACUACAAUGGCAAUGACAACAACAACUCUGGUGGGGAAGGGUUUUUUGAGAAGUUCGGAAAAUCUUUGAUUGACGGUACAAGGGAACUGGAAUCUCAAGAUAGACCCGACGCUGUCAAUACUCAGUCCCAAUUCAUAUCAAAAAGCGUCUCUAACGCCAGCUUAGACACACAGAAUACUUUCGAGCAAAAUGUCGAGUCUGACAAAAACUUCAACAAAUUGAAUAGGAACACUACUAACAGUGGUUCGCUUUACCACUCCAGUUCAAAUUCAGGCUCAUCUGCGUCUUUAGAGUCCGAAAAUGCUCAUUACCCCAAGAGAAAUAUCUGGAACGUAGCCAACACACCAGUAUUUAGACCUAGUAACAAUCCAGCCGCUGUUGGGGCCACAAAUGUCGCGCUUCCUAACCAACAAGAUGGGCCUGCAAAUAACAAUUUCCCCCCCUACAUGAACGGCUUCCCACCCAAUCAGUUUCAUCAGGGCCCUCAUUACCAAAACUUCCCCAACUACUUGAUCGGAUCUCCUUCAAAUUUCAUCUCCCAGAUGAUUUCAGUACAGAUUCCAGCAAAUGAAGACACCGAAGACUCAAAUGGUAAGAAAAAGAAGAAGGCAAACAGACCUUCUUCUGUUUCUUCACCUUCGUCCCCUCCAAACAAUUCUCCGUUCCCGUUUGCCUACCCCAACCCAAUGAUGUUUAUGCCACCUCCACCACUCUCUGCUCCCCAGCAACAACAGCAACAGCAACAACAACAACAACAAGAAGACCAACAACAGCAACAGCAACAGGAGAAUCCUUAUAUUUACUACCCUACUCCAAAUCCUAUACCUGUCAAAAUGCCCAAGGACGAAAAAACCUUCAAGAAAAGAAAUAACAAGAAUCAUCCUGCAAAUAACUCCAACAACGCCAACAAACAGGCAAAUCCUUAUCUAGAAAAUUCUAUACCCACAAAGAAUACCUCUAAAAAGAAUGCUUCUUCCAAAUCUAAUGAGUCAACGGCCAACAACCAUAAAUCUCACUCUCAUUCUCAUCCUCAUUCUCAAAGUCUACAGCAACAGCAGCAAACGUAUCAUCGAUCGCCGUUGUUAGAGCAACUAAGAAACAGUAGUUCUGACAAAAAUUCAAACUCGAACAUGUCACUAAAAGACAUCUUUGGCCAUUCCUUAGAGUUUUGCAAAGAUCAACAUGGUUCACGGUUCAUUCAGCGCGAGUUGGCCACCUCACCAGCCUCAGAAAAGGAGGUCAUAUUCAAUGAAAUUCGCGAUGACGCCAUUGAGCUUUCGAACGAUGUAUUUGGUAAUUACGUCAUUCAGAAGUUUUUUGAAUUUGGUAGCAAAAUUCAAAAAAAUACUUUGGUUGAUCAAUUUAAAGGUAACAUGAAACAGUUAUCUCUACAAAUGUACGCAUGUCGUGUAAUUCAAAAGGCGUUAGAAUAUAUUGAUUCCAAUCAAAGAAUUGAGUUAGUCCUGGAAUUAUCUGACUCCGUUUUGCAAAUGAUCAAAGAUCAGAACGGUAAUCACGUAAUUCAAAAGGCCAUCGAAACAAUUCCUAUCGAAAAAUUACCUUUUAUCUUAAGUUCUUUAACUGGCCACAUUUACCAUCUAUCUACCCACUCCUACGGCUGUAGGGUCAUUCAAAGAUUGUUAGAAUUUGGUUCGAGCGAAGAUCAGGAAAGCAUUUUAAACGAAUUGAAAGAUUUCAUACCAUAUCUAAUUCAAGACCAAUAUGGUAACUAUGUCAUUCAAUAUGUUUUGCAACAAGAUCAGUUCACCAAUAAGGAAAUGGUCGAUAUCAAACAGGAAAUCAUAGAAACUGUGGCCAAUAAUGUUGUCGAAUACUCUAAACAUAAAUUUGCCUCCAACGUGGUCGAAAAAUCUAUUCUUUAUGGCUCUAAAAAUCAGAAGGAUUUAAUAAUUUCUAAGAUUUUACCAAGAGACAAAAAUCAUGCUUUGAAUCUGGAAGACGAUUCUCCAAUGAUUUUAAUGAUCAAGGAUCAAUUUGCCAACUAUGUGAUUCAAAAAUUAGUUAAUGUCUCUGAGGGUGAGGGUAAGAAAUUGAUCGUCAUUGCCAUUAGAGCAUAUUUGGAUAAACUAAACAAAUCUAACUCCCUAGGAAAUAGACAUUUAGCCAGUGUUGAGAAACUUGCAGCAUUGGUUGAAAAUGCGGAGGUGUGA